UGUUAGCAACAAAGAAAACACAUAUUGGAAGAAAUAUAAUAUAUGGUAUCGACGUCUUAGGUAUUGGCAGCAUAAUCUUGUCCAUCAUUGUAUAGAUUUUAUGCAUGUCGAAAAGAAUGUAGGUGAGAGUCUAGUUGGAACAAUGCUCAACAUUCCUGGCAAAACAAAAGAUGGAUUGCAGGCUCGAUUGGAUUUGGCACAUUUUGGGUUAAAGCCAGAGUUACAAGUUCAUAUUGAAGGCAACAAAACCACACUUCCGGCAGCAAGUUACACGUUAACAACAGAGGAAAAAACCAUGUUUUGUGAAACAUUAUACAAUUUAAGGGUUCCACAAGGGUAUUGUUCUAAUUUUUCUAGUUUGGUGAGUCUAAAGGAUAGGAAGCUUAUCGGACUUAAAUCACAUGACUAUCACAUGCUCAUGCAACAAUUUUUGCCCAUCGCAAUACGGUCUAUUAUGCCGAAAUCCACAAGGGAUGCUAUUACCAGAUUUUGUUUCAUUUUCAAAUCAAUAUGUAGCAAAGAAAUAAAAGUUAAGGAGCUCGAUAAGUUGCAAGAAGAAUUAUGUGUCACAUUGUGCCUGCUUGAGAAAUAUUUUCCUCCAUCAUUUUUUGAUGUUAUGGUUCAUUUAACUGUGCAUCUAAUUAGGGAAGUAAAAUUAUGUGGUCCAGUAUGCUUUCGAUGGAUGUAUCCAUUCGAAAGGUGUAUGAAGGUUAUUAAGGGGCACGUGCGGAAUAAAAAUAAACCAGAAGGUUGCAUUGCAGAAGAGAAUAUUGCAGAAGAGACAAUUGAGUUUUUAAGUGAAUUCCAAAAAAAUAUGAAUACUGUUGGUAUUCCACUUGAGAAGCAUAACAACUUUGGAAAUCAUAUUGAUGACUAUAGUAUUUCUCUUAGGGAUGGCACUCCAGUAUCAGCAUGUCGAUCGGUUCAAGUUUCUCCAGACCUCUUCAUCAAAGCACAUUUCUAUGUAAUGCAAAAUACAACUGAAGUUGUACCAUAUAUUAAUCGACACAAGGCAUUUCUGAGAAACCAACACCCUUUUAAACGAAAUGCAUGGCUAGAGAAUGAGCACAGUAAAAUGUUUGGUCAAUGGUUACGAGAGGAGGUUGAAAAAGAGUUAUUGGUCUCAAAAGAAAGUGUAUCAGAGACCGUUAGGUGGAUUUCACAUGGACCAAACACCAAUGUACUGAAAUACGAUGCGUAUGACAUCAAUGGAUAUACAUUUCGUACAAAAUGUCGUGAAGGCAAAGUUCAUCAGAACAGCGGGAUUAGUGUAGUGGCAACUGACACGCAUAUUUCUAAUGAAGUUGUAACCUAUGACCAAAACUCUUAUUAUGGGGUUGUAAAAGAGAUAUGGGUAAUAGAUUAUCAUUUUAAAAAAAUUCCUCUUUUCAUGUGUGACUGGGUUGACAAUAAAAACGGAGUCAAGAAGGAUCCGGUUGGGUACACCUUAGUUGAACUUGGUAGGUUAGGCCACAAAGAUGAUCCAUUCAUAUUGGCCUCACAAGCACGACAAGUGUUCUACGUUACAGACCAACUGAAUAAAAAAUGGUCAAUUGUCUUUAUGACACCUCCCAAAAAUUAUAGAGAUACGUAUGACGAUGUCGAUGAGGAAUUUAGUACUGUACUUUUUCCUCACAAUGACAAUAUAUUGCCACGUGUAGAUCCACUUGACUUGCGUAAAGAAUCACGAAAUGAUUAUUUUCGGACUGACUGUCCGGGUAUAGUCAUACAUAAGGCACAUGAGAAUCCUUGAUCCUGGUGUUAUUAAUUUUACGUUUUGUUGUCUGGUGCUCGAUACCCCAAAGUUGGUUGUCUGAAAGAGAAAAAAAAAGUUUCUUUGAAAUUUGCUCGAAUGAGUGCAUGCUUGUUGGCAGUUGCUACUAGGUCUCCCUGAAAAAAUUGUCAAUUGCUUGAUGUAUAUUAAUUAGAAUUAAAACUCCUUUGUCUCAUUUAUGUUUUAACCCAAAAUUGACAAUAAUACCCUUAUUGCUAAACUAUUUGUUUUUAACAAAAUUGUGGA